AUGGCUCUUCCUAUGAAAACCUACAAUGUGUUUUACCCCAAGGUCUUGAUUGUCGACAACGAAGUCAAACCCAACAUUGACGUCAAACCCGUCCGUGUCACUGUAACCCAUGCAGCUUCUGUGGUGGAUCAAUGGAUUUGGGAGGUUUACACCGAUUUCCGCAAUAAGCUGAAGAAUCUUGUUGUGGGUCUUGAUAUCGAAUGGAGCAGAAGGAGCAGAAAGAGCAGAGAUGGCUAUAGUCGAAACAAGGUUGCUGUUCUGCAAUUGUGCUUUUCUACACGUUGUCUCAUAUUCCAAAUCUCGCGUUGUGACGAGAUUCCUGAAUCACUUGCUGAUUUUCUCAGUAACGACAAGUUUAUCUUUGUUGGAGCUGGAAUUGAUGGUGAUGCGCACAAGCUUUGGGUUGAUUAUGGUUUGUAUGUUGGUAAAACUGAAGAAGUUGGCACUCUGGCUGCUUAUAAGCUCACCAAGACUUUUGGAGAUUAUAGAAAUAGCGGACUUUAUAACGCUGGGUUGAAGAAUUUGGCUAAGGAUGUUCUCGGGCUAGAAUUACCAAAGCAGAGACAAAGCAGAGACAAAUCCAGACGAGUAACUGGAAUGUGA